AUGGGAGGAGCGGUGAUCGGAGCUUUGCCACCGAUAACGAUGAGCAUCCUCUCAAUCGGCAGUCUCGUCACGAUGAUCACAAUGGUUUCGAUGUGCACAACGUGUUGCAAGAAGGUGAAAAACAGUGAUCCUGACGAAGUGGCUUAUGGAGUGAUUGUUGUCUCCGAGGACGUCCCCAAAACUGUUCAGUUCAGGAAUGGGAGUCACAAAAAUGCCGGCGAAAGGUUUUCACAGCCAGUUACUAAGUCUUCCUCAAACUCGGCCGUUCCAUCGCGAACCUCUGCUCCACCAGCUGGUCAAAGAGCUUUACCCGAAUUGCCCGAUAGUACUUAUUCUGCAAUCAAUAAAAAUCGGAGUGAAAAAGAGAUUGAAUACGCGGAUGGGCCAGCCACACAACUUUACGAGAGCAUUGACAGGGACAAUGACUCGACGAUUGAUCCAUUGUAUUCAAAGGUCACCGAGAAUCGCUCGACAAGACGAUACGAUUAUCCAGUGUUCAUGAAAAACACGAGAGCCAAAGAAACGGAUGAUCCUUUUUAUCAGAGUGUCUCGCAAAUCUAUGCACCCGGAAGUGAAGAUCCGUAUAGCUCAAUCGCUUCCGAGCCUCGAGUAGCCCUAGCUCAACAAGAAGACGACUCAAGCAGCGCUUAUGACCCAGGAUAUGCAAAAGUCAAACCAAGCACGAAAGCUGAACGAGAAAAGACCGAAGCUGAGCUCGAUCAAUUGUACAGCAAAAUUAGGAGAAAUGAGAGAAGAGAUGCGGUUUCUCCUUUGCCCGGAACCAGUCACCAAAUUGAUCUCAUACAAACGAACGGAGAGGUGUUGAGAGAAGAUUUGGGAAGAGCGGCGAAUGGACAGGAAGGUGACGACACAUCCGGUCGAGAACCAUCCUAUCGCUACAUCACUGUUCGAGAGAGUGCUGAGGUGAUCCGAGAACGUCUCCGUCAACAAGGUCAACUUGGGCCCGGUGGUCUUCCAAUCAGAGAGCACUACUAUUCAACAAUUGGCAAUGAAUAUGAGACGGUUGAUGGAACGAGCACAACAUAUAGUCGAGUCAGAGAACAACAACCGUCGUCAACAAGCUCUCGUCAUUCGCAGUUGACUCCACCAAGCGCCUUAUCGAUCUCGGUAAACCCGGCUGGGGAAUACGCGCCAGCUCCACCAACUUCACCAAUUCCCGAACGGACACCAGAGUUGUUUGAUCGGCUUCACCAAGGCUCCUCCCGAACACCAGAAGACUCAACUGGAUUGAUGUAUUCGGUGAUCAGAAAGACUCCAACCGGCCCAUCGCCAACCAUUCCCACUGUUGUCAAACCUCCAUCGAGAUCCCGACCAAAUAGCGAAUCACAUGAGUCCGUGUGGCCUUCGGUGGUGGUUUCUGCAAACAGAUCAUCAAAUCAAUCAAUCAAUCAACAACAUCGUCAAACGAAGCAAGGAGAGUACUGCGACGAGAUUCAAUCAUUCAUGAAUCGACCCGUUCUCCCGUAUGGAUCUGAGGCUUUGGUCAACAAGCGGGUCACCGAGGAGCGCGAGACGGUGACGGAAGAAAGGAGGAGCCGCGGGCCAAUGCCUGACCCACCAAUAUCAAAAUCUGAGUCUAGAGAUUUCGUCCACUAUCGCCAUCCUUCGCCAAACUCUGCCAAUCGUUUCAGUGCCACAAGUGUCAACUCGAAUCAGGGACUAUACUUGUCCUCUGAAUCAGAAGUCGAUCAAAUCCAUAAUCAACGAGUUCUUAAUGUCGAAAUCAAACGGGUCCAAGAGCGACAUCAACCACUUCUCAACGAGCACAUCGUGCAAAUCAAAGCGAUUCAAGAACAGAGACCGGCUACGCUACAAAUUGAACAGAAAUCAACGCCCGGCCCAUCUUCUCCACUUGGAAACGCCGCGUCCGAGAGAUCUGAUUCAUCGGAAAGAAAUAACAGAUCAAUGAGUGCUAGAGGUCGAUCACAGCUCCCAAUCGCCACAAAUGAGACUGAAGUGAAAGAACAAAUCGGGCGAUCAAGGCAACGCCGACAAGAAAGCAUUGAGAGGGAACAGCGAGAGGAAAAGGAGAAAAUCAAUAGAGAAUGUCGUCGACGUGAGAAAAUUGAGGAGGAGCUGAAAAAGGAGAGAAUGGGAACCGUUUACACGGCGAAUGACUACGUGAGUCCCUAUGGAUUCACGAGUGAUCGAGGGUGGCCGCUAGUUGCUCCUGAUCUUUCCCCAUCUCGAGAUGCCUCUCGUCCAUCAAGUCGUGCUACCACUCCCGCUCAAAAUGUGAUGAUCAUGAGUGCACCGAAUAUCUCUUAUAUUCAGCAU